CCUUCGCCGACUACAUCCUGAUGGAGCCCAGCGAGGAAUACGCGCCCAUCUUCGCCCUGAUGCAGGAGAAAAUCUACAUGAGCAAAAUCGUCGUCGAGUUCCUGCAGAACAACCGCGACGUCAGCUACGAGGACCUGCUCAACAAGAUCGAGACCACCGUCCCUCCCGUGGGGCUGAACUUCAACCGCUUCACAGAGGAUUCGCUCCUGCGGCACGCGCAGUUCGUGGUGGAGCAGGUGGAGAGCUACGACGAGGCUGGGGACAGCGACGAGCCCCCCGUCCUCAUCACCCCCUGCAUGAGGGACCUCAUCAAGUUGGCCGGGGUCACCCUGGGGAAGAGGUGAGC